AUGGGUGGCGGUGCAGUUGCUUUCGCAUUAUUUGACAGAGAUCAUGUGCGGUUGUUAAACAUCAUAAAUGACUUGUAUCAAAAACACACGUACGAUCUGGAGCUGUUCAUUCAUUGUUCGCUGGACAUAAUCGACGAGAAAGCUCCAAAAGCGAAUGAAAUGUUCUUGGGGCACUUGUACAGCAAUCAGAAAUAUAAGUCUUAUGGCUUCAUAACGAAUACUGGUGUUCGAAUGGUUUUGGUUCUCGAAGCAAACAACAUUGAUCUGAAGGAUUUGGAUGUCCGAGGGAUCUUCAAACGCUUUCACACACUAUAUUGCAACGCUAUCUCCAAUCCAUUUCACACAUUUGGGAGUGAAAUUAGAUCCGAAUCAUUAACAAAAGCCGCCGUGCAGAUACUGUGUAAUAACGGGGAACAGUGA